AGACUCAUGAAUGACGAGGGGGAGGGAGCCGGCAUUGGGCACUAGGGCUCUGCGGCCCACUGGGCUCCGUGCUGCUGAUAGCGAGAAAUGUGAGCUGGCUGCAUCACUGCAGUACCCACUGCAGACACACAGAGAGGGGAAGAGCGCGCAGCGAGGAACCAGCUCCCAGCUCUGAGCAUCCUGGGGACAGGCUCCCUCACAGCAAGGAAACAGCUCCGGGGAGAGCCUUCUAGAGCAGCAGCCCAGAGACCCCCCCCCCAGCACUGAGCCCCCCCAGGGGACAGGCUCCGCCAGCAACAGCAAGGAUUUGGCAAGGCCCUUGCUUCCAGCCAGCCCUGCACCUGCUGUGCUGCCAAGGAUCUCGCCUUUGCAGAGAUGAUCCCAGCAGAAGCUGCCGCCUCUUGUACGGCUCUGCCAGUCCAGUAGCCUGCCGAUGCCGUGUGCACUUGCCGUCGCUGACAGUGUUGCAUCAGCAUCGUACCUGCAGAAGCAAAAAUCCCAUCCUGCCCAGAGAGCUGGCUUGCUGGUGCGAGGAGUCGAGGAGGCUGGCUGGGAACCAAAGCCCUGGGAAGAGGCGGUUGUCCUUCAUCAUUGCAGCCUGGAGGAGUCGCAUCCCUGGGAUCGAAGGGGCAGACGGGGCAGUGCCAGGGAACCGGGCCUCCUGGCGCACAUCUGCAGCAGGCCUGGCAGGGAGCUGGGCUCCCUCCUGAGCCCAGCAUCCGGAACAAGCACGGCUGGGGGACUGCGGCCUUUUGUCCUGCCCUUAGGGGGGAAUCACCCCUUUGCUGGGCGGGAUCGCCAACAGCAGACGAGGCUGCAUUGAGCAGGUCCUUGCCAGGGGGCAUCAGGAGGCUGGACCGGACCUGAGGAAGAGCCAGGCUGGAUCUGGAGAGGGUGUGGAUAGCAGAGAGCCAGGGCGCUGGGCAAGCAGCAUUGUAGCCUGCAUCUCCUCUGCCUUUCAGAUAACCUCUAGUGACAGGGCCUCCAGUCCGCCAGCAGCCCGUCCCGCAAGGCAGGAGCCUCCUUAAAGAACAGGGCUUUGAAGCCCCACAGCCCAGCCCAGCCUUUUCCUGCGAGUGGCUGCAGGGGACGCGGAGCUGAGGCUGGGGCAGCGCUGCAGGGCUGAUCCGUGGCUACACUCCUGCAUCCCCACCAACGGAGCCGGUCCGCUCCCCAGCAGGACGCUUCCUGGCUCUGGGGCUGGUGCCCACCUACUACCCUGGGGGAGCUGCUGGCUCCACGAACCUCAGUGACUGCGAGGGGGAGAGACAAAGUCAGAGCAAAGGAAUUCACGCACACAUUCUUCAGCCCUGCCGGGAUCUUACCCAGAAAGAGGAAAACAGGCUGGGUGGGGGCAGGGCACCUGUGGGAAGGUGCAGGCUGCAUUGCUGGGAGCUGUCCUGGGAUGAACUGGAGCCCUGACUCAUCUGCUCCAGGGCCAGGAGAAAGCCUGGCUGUCCCUAAGCCUCUUGCCUGAGUUUGCUAUUUCCAGCUGAUGAUGAUCUGGCUUGGAAAGCGACAGCACACAGAGGGUGGGAGAUCUCUCAGCGCCAAGGCUGCCACAGGAUUAAGCAUCUGAGAAAGGCACUGCGGGGAGGAAGCGCUUUGAUCAUCAGACUGGAACCUAGGAGCAGAAAGGCUCCGCUCGGCAGGAUGCUGCUGUGACUGCAGCCACUUCCUGUGCACGCCUCCGCCCUCUAGGAAUGCGGGGGGAGCUAGGGUGACUGGACUCCAGAGGGAACUUGGUUGCCUAGAGCUGCACCUUUCUCCCAGGAUGUGCCCCUGCUCCAGUGGCUUUCUCCAGCCCUAUCGCUUCACUGCCCGAACACGAUUGAAAGCUCUGCAUGCUGCCAGCGCGUUUUAGCCUCAUGCAGGCACCCCUUGCAGAACCCCGAGCCGUGGACAGCAAUGUGAAAACAAUCCUCAUGUCGUGUCUCAAAGGGCAACAGGUCAUCAUCAAAAUGGAGGCGAUGAAGAUCAUCCACCCGGAGAAGUUCUCGGAGCUACAGGCCUCCCAGCCACGCUACACCUCAGCGCCCCGCCGGGAGCCCCCUCUCGUGGCCAAGCGCGCCUGGCCAUCAGAGUCCGAGAUCAUUGUCAAUCAGGCGUGCGGGGACAUCCCUGCCCUGGACAGUAACCCUGGCUCUCUGGGGCUGCCCCGGACUCCGCCCCUGCCGCGGCGAGAGCGAAUAUACCAAGCGCAGCGCAAGGGCAGCUCGGAGGUCUGUUACCACCGCCAGCCGCCCUCAGACGAGGUGAUCGUUAACCAGUACGUACUGCACCCCUCCACGCCGUGCGAGCCCCUCGAGUGCCCCACCUGCGGCCACAUGUACAAUUUCACCAACAAGCGGCCCCGCAUCCUCUCCUGCCUGCACUCGGUGUGCGAGGAGUGCCUGCAGAUCCUCUAUGAGUCCUGCCCCAAAUACAAGUUCAUCUCCUGCCCCACCUGCAAGCGGGAAACCGUGCUCUUCACCGACUACGGGCUGGCCGCGCUGGCGGUGAACACCAGUAUCCUGAACAGACUGCCCGCUGAGGCCCUGGCCGCCAACCCUGUGCAGUGGAGCAGCGACGCCGACCGCAGCUGCUAUCAGACCUUCCGCCAAUACUGUGGCGCAGCCUGCACCUGCCACAUCCGAAAUCCACUGUCUUCCUGCACCAUCAUGUAACCUGUGCACCCUGCCCUGCCUAGCCCCGCACCGCCUCCCUGCCCCGGGGCCGGACAGUGUGAGAGACGACCAGGGACCUCCCAGGGGACGACAGGACCGAGUGAGGGUGGCAGGUCUGACUAGCUCCCCUGGUGCUGCAGGUGCUAUACACAUCAUCCCCUGGCCCAGCUCCCCAUGCCAGCACAGGGCAUCCCCACCUGCUCAGCGCUCAAGUUUAGGUGGGGGCUACUGGGAACACAGCCCCCUCGGUAAUACGAAGCCACUGGCUGAGCAGAGGGACAUUCCUAUCCUGCGACUCACGCUCCCCCUGUGUCUGGACAGGUGCCACUCAACCCCCUGUGCUCACUCCCUGGGCAGCUUGCUUCCCGUUGCCUUCCCCUGGCUCUGUGGUCUGGUCAGGGGGGAGCAGCUCUGCCCAGGCACGGCCCCACCACUGGCCUGGCUGACCCGUGGCACCGAUGACCCCAUGCGGCACAGCACACUCCACCUACAGAGGUGACACGGGUGGGGAGCUGGGCUGUACGUGAGACCUGAACCUGCCUCCCACAGGGAUGGGAUGGGGAGAUUGCCACACGUCAGCCAGAUCCUCUCUGCAUUAUUUGCCAAAGCUUUCAUCUCAGUGGCCAAGCUGACACGCGUCCAAGUAACUGCAGCCAAUUAAACCCGUUGCCAUUGGCCUCCCAUUAUUAACAGACGUAGCCCAUUUCCUCCACAGGCCCUCCAGGAAAGCUCCCAUUUGUCCUCGUUUUGGAGGAUCUUUGUUUGCCCAUCCCUGUCUGGGGACACCCCGUCCUUUGGGUGGUUCGUGUUAAUAAAGGCAUUGAGUUGUGA